AUGAAUUCGGGUUCUUCUGUCCCCGAGCCUCUCAAUGUUUUGAUUAUUAUCGCCGACGUUUCGAUGUGUUGUUUUGACCUCUGGAUGUUUUGCACUGUUGUGGAUAUCAUUUUUACCUAUGGAAUCAUAAUACAUCUAUUGGAAAUGGGUUAUGAGAAACCCUUCACGCCUUUAAGACACCGCGGCCCUCGAAACAAUUUGAAGGAUAAAGAUUAUCAGAGGGCGGAGUAUACAGUUCCCAUAGCAUUUUUAUACGGGACACGGUGA